AGAUACCAAGCCAAGACCAGAGCUGGUGUUCAGAGAAAGGGGAAAACAAUUGUGUCAGGCGGGGAACUGAGCCUGUCUAUCGAUCCAACACCCCUUCCCAUCCUUCUCUGGCAUCCUUUAGCCCAGCUGAGCACCACAAAGACCUUGGGAGCCCUGCUGCCGUCCCGUCUCUCACGCUGCCACAGUUAGGAGACAACCUUCAGGUCCCUUGGUCCCACUGUCCACACCACCACCAUCAGGAGCACAAAGCUGGGCUACCAGGGCUGUCCUGUUGGGAUGAGGGUCUUUAUCACCAUCUUGUUGGCUGCUCUGCUAUGCCUGGAUCAAGGGAGUGAACAGAAGGAGAUAAAGUCGGUAGAUGAAAGCAGAGAAGAGGAUUAUGACUAUAAGGAUGAUGAUGACGAAGAGGAUGAUGAUGAAGUCGAAAUCAAGCACAUUCCCUAUGAAGGCUCUCUGGAAUGCUACACCUGUGAGUCAGAGUCCAUUGAGGAGCACUGUAAUAAGAUCAAAACCUGCGCACCCUCUCAGACCUUCUGCAAAACCAUCAUCACCAGAGGGAAUGCAGACUCCAACUACCUCACCACCUUCUCGGCGUGGUGCUCAGAUACCUGCAAAGAAGCCACUAAGAUCAUAGAGGGGACUCAUGUGACCGUGAACUGCUGCCAGUCUGACAUGUGCAACCCCUUGUUGGUGGCAGGCAGAGACUCAGACACGAAUUCAAAGGUCAACUGUGGGGGCAUCCUUACAGGUGUGGGAAUGACCACCCUGUUCAUGCUGCUCUGCAGCUGGCUGGGGAGAGAUCUAUGAAAGGAGACCCCCUGCCCAGGAGUUCCCCUCUGCCUUCUGGCCCUACUUCCUUUGCCCCGAGCCUAAUUCUACUCCACCCCAAGAAAGAGUUCUCCUGUCCCAUGAAGUCGCUAGCUCUUCUCCCCCAGGCCUGUGUUCUGCAGUCCCUUUUGUUUCUGGAAGGCUGUGUUCUACCAAAAUCAUUUUCACCUCUAACAUCCCAUUUUAUGAUCAGAGCUCUGCCUCUGACAGCGUAGGUUCUAAAGGGCCUUUCCAACUCUGACAUUCCAUGUUAUAUGUUCUCAGGUCCCUUCCAGUUCUCAUGUUCCAUAUUCUGUGUUCUAAGGUCUCUUCUAGCUCUAAUAUUCUAUGAUUUUGUUACUUUCUCAAAUAAGAGGUGACCCGAUAAAGGAAAAGGGUCUCUCUCAUGCCAGCUCGGUCUGUCUCUAGGCAACAGGUCACAGGCCGAAAUGUUCAGACUUAUAUGAAUUGUACUCAAGUCUCUGCUGCAUCUCCCUACCUGUGUCUUCCUGUCAGGAAGAGGAGAGGUGUAGAUGUUGAGAGACAACGUGGAGAUAAGCUUCUGUAUCCUGGAGUCAGGACUCUGCCCAUCUCUAAUGCCAUACAUUGGAAUGGGAUCGUAGAACAAGAGUCUAAUUGGGCAGGGGUCAGGUAUGGGAGGACAAAAUGUUAGCCUUCUGGGCCAUUCAUUUUUGAUAAAUAUCCAAGGACCUCAGAACAUUGUAGCCCUUACUGCCCCUCCACCUACUUCCUCUAUCCCCACCUGUCUCUCCAAGUGGUCCUAUCUUCAGGACUAGAGUACUACCUUCUGAUAAUAAAGUUUUGGUUUCUUUAAUAGGUGGCAGCCUUCAAACCCUCCAAUGACACCAGCAUCUGACAUGUCCCUGCUCCUCUCUGAACCCUGUUUCCUCCCCUUUAAUUAUAAAGUCCCUUCCAGCUCUGCUGUUCAUCCAGUUGACUCAGCCAGAACUAGGGAUAGGCAAGGUAGGCAGCUGCCUAAGGUGUAACAUUCAACGUCCAGAGAGGGAGAGUCAUAACAAAGGACAUUUCUUUCCUAUCGCUUUUUAUAAAUGCACAUAUAUUUAAUGUCCCCAAAUCCCACUCACUAUACCUUAUAGGGAUUAAUUUUGUGACAAAUUAGCACCUACAUGUUACAGUGAAAGCUGGGAAGGCUGUAGCACAUACUGGAGGCACAAUUUUCAAAAUUUGUCAGAGGUGCACAAAUGCUUUGUGGUGUUUUCAGAUUAGAUGUUAAAGAAUCCAAGAAUUAAGAGUUAGAAAGGACCUUAGAGAGGUCCAAACUUCCCCACUCCUAUUUUAUUUAUUCUUUUUUUUCUGUAAUAUGAGGAGAUAUUUUGUUUUUAACACAACAGCUGUUAUCCAGCAAACACCUAAACAAACCCACUUACAAAGAAUAUUCCCUGAAAAACAGCUUAUCAGUUGUCAAUACAUAUUUAUGUAUUAUUAAUAUCAGAAUCAUUUCCCAAUAUACCACCUCCUCAUUGAUUUUUCCCUUGUAACAAAGAAAAAUUGAAGUCAAGCCACAAAAUAACUGUGUAAUAGUAUAUACAUCACUCUUCACUUAUACUGUUCCACCUCUCUGCUCAGAGGAAGAUAAUGUUUUCCUCCUCCUUUCUCCAGAACCAGGACUAGUUGGUGUAAUUACUAUGACUUCAGGAGCUUUUUAGUGUUGUUUUCUUUACAUUAUUGUAGUCAUUGUAUAUAUUGUUCACUUGGUUCUACUCUUUUCACUCCGCAUCGAUUCAUACAAGUUUUCCCAUGU